UUCCCAAUCUUCUACUUCAUCUAUAAGUGCUUCUUCAUCUUUAGCUCCACCAAGAGCAACUUCUCAGAUUUUAAAUCCAUCAAUGGCUGCCUCUAGUACUUCAGGAACAACUGCUUCUCAAAUUCCAGCUCCAUCCACGCCAGCUUCUCAGCCUUUAUCCUCAGUAGCUGUUCCUCAGUCUUUGGCUGCAUCAUUGGCUAUUUCUCAGCCUUCAGCCCCAUCAGUAACACCUGCUCAGCCUUUAGCGACUUUAAAAACUGCUACACUGUGGCCUUCACCACAGUCAACAGCUCAUCAUUUGUCACAAGCAUCAGCUGCUUCUCAACCCCACUUUGUAACAGUUGUUCCAGUUACAGUGCCACCCCUGAGUCCCACUGAAUUGGAGAUAGGGACCAACGCUCAAGCAAAAAGCACUGAAGCAUCAAAGUUUGUGAAAGCUACAUCGCUCUGGUCUCUCACUCCCAAUGUGAAUGUAUUUAUGUUUGUGUUGUCCAAAAGCACUCAUCCAAAACUAAUGGCGGCCAACUCAAAUGCUACUAAACCACCAAAGAUUCUUCUCUCUCCUGUAACUCACCCUCUGUUAGCACCUUCAACAAUUAGUGCUUUUGCUAAGCUGGAAAGGCAGAACUUAAACAGAACAACUCAAACAGAAUCUCCUACCUCCUGGCUAACAUCAGCAAGACAGGAGUUGACUUUGCCCCAAAAAUUAUUUUCACUGACAACAAGAAAUUUACCUUUGCGCCAGAGCAGCACCGCUAAGAAUAAUCCUAGAGUAACUCACACUGUUGCUUCUCUUGAAGAUCUUAACUACUGGAAGGACAGACCAAUAACAUUUAUCAAAUUUCUUUCUUUCAAUGAAUCUGAAAAAGGUUUUAUAUCUUUGUUGAAACAACGACAUAAUCGAAAUAAUGGCGUUUUCUCAUAUUUUAGCGACAGCAUGCAACAAAGUGACGACAUGUCCACCACAGUUGAAUAUCCUUUUAAAACACACAAUGGAAAUGUACAUACAAAUCAAGAUCCAUUAUUCAAGGACGAUGUCUAUAAUGCUACUCGAAACAUGCCCCCAGAUUCUCCAUCACUGGAAAAAGAUUUAACAGAAAGGAACAAAUUAACUUUUAGUGAAACUGAAGGCGCUACUAAUGUGGUAGUCAAAGGAAUACCAAGAUCCUCGGGUUCUGUUGCUCAAGGUAAACGGUCUCAGUUCAUUGGUACAAUGGAAAGUCCCAUUAGUCCAUCAAAGGAUCUUAUUCUGACCCCAGCUGUGGUUUUAAAUCAGCCUAAGGAAGAAAGAAGCAAGUUGCUCAUUGACAGGACUGUUACUGGCAGUGAACCACAAAAGAGAUUGUUUGUGCUUCCUUUCACCGCAGUUAACAGUCUUGGGUCUGAGCUGAAGAAUGAGCCCUCUGAGGCUUCAGAAAGGUCCAGCCCCAGUGUCCAAUUGCAGCAGAGCACGCCAUCGCCCUCCAAGGAAGAUGAAUCGAGGACCCUCCAGGCUCUGACCAUGCAGAUAACCGGAUGCUAA